CUACAACUGGGAAGACUUACAGAGCAUGGGGACUGAUGAAAUCGCCAGGGGGCGCGUGCAGGAAGCUCAACUAACAACGAAUUGUCAUGAUUCGUUUAUGUUGAUUUUAACAUCUGGAAGUACUGGACUUCCGAAGUGUGUUGAACACAGCACAUACGCCUACGCGAACAACAUGGCCCUGGUGAAUAGUGUUACCAAACAAGACAAAAGGAAAAUGCUGCUGGCUCCUACAGAUUUGAAUCAGGUCCCUUACGUAGUUAUAUUUCCUGUUCUGACUGGAUCUCAGACUAUUGUACUUGUGAGCAACGCCACACGGACCCAUGCUGAGAUCGUCACCGCUGUCUUGGAAGAAAGGUGUGAAAGCAUGAACUACAUGCCCGUGAAGAUGCUACACGACUUGGUGAAUGACCCAACCGUGCAAGAAUGCGACUUGUCGUUCGUGACAGACGUUACGGUCGGGGGGAACACUGUAUCCACCACUCUUCUGAGACAAUGCGCUCGAGUUUUUCCCAAUGCAAAUAUAAUCGAAGAUUACGGAAUAUCUGAGACGUGGUGUCUGACGGUGACAGGACGUAGAGAAAUGACACAAGAGCAGAUAGAGAGAACGGAGGGCCCGUUACUGCCGCACAUGGAGAUGAAGAUUGUAGACAAAGCCGGCCAGGUGGUCCCGUUGAACCAGAAGGGAGAGGUCUGGGUUCGAGGCUACAGUGUGUUCAAACGGUACCGUGGAGAUGAGGAGAAAACUGCAGAGGUGAAGACACCUGACGGAUGGUACAAGACUGGGGACAUAGGAGUACUUGAUGAUGAUGGCUUGCUGGCAAUCACAGGCAGGAUAAAGGACAUGAUUAUGAAAGGCUCAGUCAGUGUUCAUCCUGCCUUUGUCGAGCAAGUUCUACUGGAGCACCCAAAAGCCUCGGCUGUAAAGGUUGUUAGUGUACCAGACCCCUGCUUUGUGGAGGAGAUCUGUGCCUGCAUCAUACUAAAGAGUGGUCAAACAUCAGACGCGGAAGAGAUGAGGGAGUAUUCAGAGAAGAAUGGGUUAGUUGGACCUAUGUCCCCUGGAUACUUCGUCUUCAUGGACAGUUUCCCGACAACCGCAACUGAUGUUAAGGUGGACAGGAAGAAGAUAAGAGUUCUUGCCAUGGACAGGCUGGGACUAAAGGAGAACGCUGGCUGACAGAUGAAGUCAUGCGACUCAAGGCAAAAAUCAUUAGGCAUACAGAGAUCAAUCGUACUGUAACCAUUAUUUAUCUCUUCCCGAUGAUAAGAUUUAGAUCACAUUUGUCGUACCUAUUCGAUCGUAUACUGACCUGUGGCAUAUAUUGAUAUACCAUUUAGCUUAAGCUUCGUUUGUUUUUAAAUCUGCCUCCCGAAACGCCACAUAUAAAAGCGAAAGGGCGUUAGAUCUUUAUAAUUGAAUCUUUAUUGCAAAGUCAUGCCCGAGGGCUAAUUGCAUACAGGGUUAAGUAGUAGUGGUAUACAUAAACAUACUUAAC